CACUGGUUUAUUGACAGUUCCCUGGGGCAUCAAACCUGGUGAACCUCAAACAGAGGGGAUUUCUACAAGCACAAAGUGAAUUGUGGUCCUAAAUAAGGAUACAAAGUACAAUUAAACAAAAGGAAAAAAAAGAGAGGAAAAUAUUCACAGAAGCUCUUGCAAAUUGUCAAAUGCCUUGUGGUCUCUGUAAGGUAUUGAUUCUCCUGAUUCUGCACUUUCUCUGCCAUGGAAGUAAGAGCAAUGAUGUUGUCCACUGGGCAUAUACUGACCAAUGUGGCAGGUCUGAGAACAUAGCUGAAGCUGAAAAUAGGAAAACUGGGGGCAAGGAAGAGCCUUGAAUCUUGAGCUGGGACGUUGACUCUAAGAUGUCCUUGAGCAGUGGAGCCUCCGGAGGGAAAGGAGUGGAUGCAAACCCGGUUGAGACAUACGACAGUGGGGAUGAAUGGGACAUUGGAGUAGGGAAUCUCAUCAUUGACCUGGACGCCGAUCUGGAAAAGGACCAGCAGAAACUGGAAAUGUCAGGCUCAAAGGAGGUGGGGAUACCGGCUCCCAAUGCUGUGGCCACACUACCAGACAACAUCAAGUUUGUGACCCCAGUGCCAGGUCCUCAAGGGAAGGAAGGCAAAUCAAAAUCCAAAAGGAAUAAGAGUGGCAAAGACACUAGCAAACCCACUCCAGGGACUUCCCUGUUCACUCCAAGUGAGGGGGCAGCUAGCAAGAAGGAGAUGCAGGGGCGUGCAGGAGAUGGUGCCAAUGCAGGAGGCCUGGUUGCUGCUAUUGCUUCCAAGGGCUCAGAGAAGGCGGCUAAGGCAUCCCGCAGUGUAGCUGGCUCAAAAAAGGAGAAGGAGAACAGCUCAUCAAAGAGCAAGAAGGAGAGAAGCGAAGGAGUGGGGACUUGUUCAGAAAAGGAUCCUGGGGUCCUCCAGCCAGUUCCCUUAGGAGGACGGGUUGGUCAGUAUGAUGGAAGUACAGGGGUGGAUACAGGAGCUGUGGAGCCACUUGGGAGUAUAGCUAUUGAGCCUGGGGCAGCGCUCAAUCCUUUGGGAGUUAAACCGGAGCCAGAGGAAGGGGAGAAUGAGUGUCGUCCACUAAAGAAAGUCAAGUCUGAAAAGAUGGAGUCCCCUGUCUCCACACCAGCAGUGCUGCCACUGCACCUUUUGGUGCCAGUGGUCAAUAAUGACAUCUCAUCUCCCUGUGAGCAGAUCAUGGUUCGUACUCGAUCAGUUGGGGUCAACACAUGUGAUGUGGCUCUAGCCACAGAGCCUGAAUGCCUGGGCCCCUGUGAACCUGGAACCAGUGUCAACCUUGAAGGCAUUGUGUGGCAGGAAACGGAAGAUGGGAUGUUAGUGGUAAAUGUAACGUGGAGGAACAAGACAUAUGUAGGUACACUUCUUGACUGCACACGGCAUGAUUGGGCACCUCCAAGGUUCUGUGACUCCCCCACCAGUGACUUGGAAAUGCGUAAUGGUCGGGGUAGAGGCAAACGCAUGCGUCCCAACAGUAACACACCUGUCAAUGAGACAACCACAGCCUCCGACACCAAAGGAACCAACAGCAGCAGCAAAACCCGGGCAGGGGCCAACAGCAAAGGCCGUCGGGGCAGCCAAAAUUCUUCAGAGCAUCGCCCACCUGCCAGCAGCACCUCUGAGGAUGUCAAGGCCAGCCCUUCCUCAGCUAACAAGCGGAAAAACAAACCCCUUUCAGACAUGGAGCUGAAUUCUAGCUCUGAGGACUCCAAAGGGAGCAAACGUGUCCGUACGAAUUCUAUGGGUUCAGCCACUGGUCCCCUUCCAGGGACCAAGGUAGAACCCACUGUUCUGGACAGAAAUUGUCCCUCCCCUGUCCUGAUUGACUGUCCCCACCCAAACUGCAACAAAAAGUACAAGCACAUCAAUGGACUUAAGUAUCACCAAGCUCAUGCUCAUACAGAUGAUGACAGCAAGCCAGAAGCAGAUGGAGACAGUGAGUACGGAGAGGAACCUGCUCUCCAUGCAGACCUUGGGAGCUGCAAUGGUGCAUCUGUUACACAGAAAGGUUCCUUGUCCCCUGCCCGCUCAGCUACCCCCAAAGUUCGCCUUGUAGAGCCCCAUAGCCCUUCUCCUUCAAGCAAAUUCAGCUCAAAAGGCCUCUGUAAGAAAAAGUUGAGUGGAGAAGGGGACACAGAUCUUGGGGCCUUAUCCAAUGAUGGCUCUGAUGAUGGACCCUCAGUAAUGGAUGAAACAAGCAAUGAUGCCUUUGAUUCUUUGGAAAGGAAAUGUAUAGAAAAAGAAAAAUGUAAAAAACCCUCUAGUUUGAAAUCUGAGAAGAUUCCUUCUAAGAGCUUGAAGUCAGCCCGGCCCAUUGCCCCUGCCAUCCCCCCACAGCAAAUCUACACCUUCCAGACAGCCACUUUUACUGCAGCAAGCCCAGGCUCCUCCUCAGGCUUGACCACCACAGUGGUCCAAGCCAUGCCCAACAGUCCCCAGCUCAAGCCCAUUCAGCCCAAGCCCACCGUUAUGGGAGAACCUUUCACGGUCAACCCCGCCUUGACACCAGCCAAGGAGAAGAAAAAGAAAGACAAAAAAAAGAAGGACUCUUCCAAGGAACUUGAAAGUCCUCUGACCCCUGGGAAGGUAUGUCGAGCAGAAGAAGGCAAAAGCCCAUUCAGGGAAUCAUCAGGAGAUGGGAUGAAAAUGGAGGGGCUUCUAAAUGGCUCAUCAGACACCCACCAAAGCCGACUGGCUAGCAUCAAGGCUGAAGCUGACAAAAUCUACAGCUUCACGGACAAUGCCCCCAGCCCUUCCAUUGGAGGCAGUAGCCGCCUAGAUAGCGCCACCCCUACUCAGCCCUUGACUCCCUUACAUGUAGUGACCCAGAAUGGAGCUGAAGCUAGCUCAGUCAAAACCAACAGCCCUGCAUACUCUGACAUCUCUGAUGCUGGGGAGGAUGGGGAGGGCAAGGUGGACAGUGUCAAAUCAAAGGACCCUGAACAGUUGAUUAAGGAAGGGGCUAAGAAAACUCUUUUCCCCCCUCAGCCACAGAGCAAAGACUCACCAUAUUACCAAGGCUUUGAGAGUUACUACUCUCCAAAUUAUGCGCAGUCCAGCCCAGGGGCUCUAAACCCCAGCAGCCAGACAGGAGUGGAGAGCCAGGUCCUGAAGACAAAAAAGGAUGAGGAGCCUGAGAGCAUAGAGGGGAAAGUGAAGAACGAUGCCUGUGAGGAGAAAAAACCUGAACUGAGCAGUUCCAGUCAACAGCCUUCUGUCAUCCAGCAGCGUCCCAACAUGUACAUGCAGUCUCUGUACUACAACCAGUACGCCUAUGUGCCCCCCUAUAGCUACAGUGACCAGAGUUACCACACCCACCUCCUGAGCACCAACACAGCAUAUCGGCAGCAGUAUGAAGAACAGCAGAAACGGCAGAGUUUAGAGCAGCAGCCACGGGGACUGGACAAGAAGGCAGAGAUGGGCCUGAAGGAGCGGGAGGCAGCACUCAAGGAAGAAUGGAAGCAAAAGCCGUCAAUUCCACCAACUCUUACCAAAGCCCCCAGCCUAACAGACCUAGUGAAGUCAGGACCUGGCAAGGCCAAGGAGUCAGGGGCUGACACUGCCAAGUCAGUCAUCAUUCCCAAGUUAGAUGACUCUUCAAAACUCCCCAGCCAGGCCCCUGAAGGACUUAAAGUGAAGCUGAGUGAGGCCAGCCACCUAAGCAAGGAGGCCUCUGAGGCUAAAACAGGCACUGAGUGUGGCCGACAGGCAGAGGUGGAUCCAAUACUCUGGUAUCGACAGGAGGCAGAGCCCCGGAUGUGGACAUACGUUUAUCCUGCCAAGUACUCAGACAUCAAAUCAGAGGAUGAGCGAUGGAAAGAGGAACGGGACCGCAAAUUGAAGGAGGAAAGGAGCAGGAGUAAGGACUCUAUCCCUAAGGAAGAUGGGAAGGAAAGCACAAGUGGUGACUGCAAGCUGCCUACGUCUGAGGAGUCCCGCCUUGGGAGCAAGGAGCCCCGACCAAGUGUACAUGUGCCUGUGUCCUCCCCCCUCACUCAACACCAGUCCUACAUCCCCUAUAUGCACGGCUACUCCUACAGCCAGUCCUAUGACCCCAACCACCCCAGCUACCGUGGCAUGCCUGCUGUGAUGAUGCAAAACUACCCAGGUUCCUACUUGCCUUCCAGCUACUCUUUCUCCCCAUAUGGCAGCAAGGUCUCAGGUGGUGAAGAGGCUGACAAGGCACGAGUCAGCCCUAGUGUCACUUGUAAAUCCAGCUCAGAGUCCAAAGCCUUGGACAUCUUGCAGCAGCAUGCCAGUCACUACAAGAGCAAGUCUCCCACGAUAAGUGAUAAAACUUCUCAGGAGAGAGAUCGGGGAAGCUGUGGGGUGGUUGGGGGUGGUGGCAGCUGUAGUAGCGUUGGGGGAGCAGGCGGGGGUGAACGGAGUGUUGACCGGCCCCGCACCUCCCCUUCCCAGCGCCUGAUGUCUACACACCACCACCACCACCACUUGGGAUACUCAUUGCUCCCAGCACAGUACAACUUACCCUAUGCAACAGGGCUUUCUUCUACAGCCAUUGUUGCCAGCCAACAGGGCACAACUCCUUCGCUCUACCCACCCCCCAGGAGGUGAGAAUGAACACCCAAGUGCCCGGAUAAGUCAGCUUCACGGGCCCGGACUGGCUCACCCAAGGAGGUGCUGGAGGUGCCAUUUAGACAUCAGUUAAAUGGUGUUGAUCAUCCUGUUUGCCGUUUUUCCACCACAACCGAAGGCAGACCCUUGGCCAUCUCACCUCCACCAGACCUCUGGACUCCCUGACCCUCCUUCUUCCUCAGGAGAUGGAGAGCUGGUACUUAGCAAAAAUAUUUAUUCUCUUGGCCACAGUCAUGACUUUUGUGGCCUCUGUGGAAAUGAAGGCAUGGGGCGAAACCAGGGGAACAUGGCUUAGCCCAGAGAAGUCACUGCUCUGUUCCCCAAACCCCUGGUCUGUUGUCGGAGCAGUAUCAACCCACCCCCCUCACACUGGGUAAGGUCUGAAAACAGCACAGCAGCCAUACCCCUCUCACCAUCAUUACCAUCAUCACCAGAUUCUGCAUCUCCCCAGUGGUUUAUACCCUGGGAAUUGACGGCAUGAGGAGGAAUUAGAAUCUCAGGAAAGAAAUUGGGGGUUGUUUUCUAUGUAAUUGUGAAAACAAGGUCUUCAAACGCGGAGACUGUUCCCCUCUUACAUGAGCACAUUCAAACGCUCAGAGCCUAGCCUGGAAGGGAAGACCAAGGCAUUUGCCCCACCAUGGCCUUAUGCUGCCUGUCAGGCCAGGGGCAGGGGUUCCAACACCAGCACAGGGCUCCCCAGGGUUACUGGGAAUCAGCUGGAGCUGGUGCAUGAAUGGAGUCUGUGAAGUAGAAUCUACAUCCCCACUAAGUCCUGCUGCUUCUUGUCCCCCAACCCCUUGCCCUUUUCUCUUCCCUCCUGACCCCCUUGGUACCUUUCCCAGGGGGAUCCCCACACUGGUCUCACCUCUUUUUCACUGCUUGGCUCUUAAAGCUCAGGCAGAUAAAACAGUAUUCCCCAAGCAUGGGGAGUCUGCCAGGUCACCUUAGGGCAAGGCCCAGAAGGCAGACCCCAGGAGCACCCAGCAGUUCUUGGAGAU